AUAGCAGAAGCCAAAUUGCAUUUUCAGACUUAAUGCAUUUACAUAUUACAGAUGAAAUAUCUGUUCAAUUGUUCAAGGACAUCCUUAGAAAAUGUCCAAAAUUACAAGCUAUUGAUCUACAAAUAUAUAAUACAAUGAUCUAUUCUUUUGAUUUAUUUUGCGGGCUUAAUUUGAAAGAAAUUAAAAUUUCCAUUCUACUUCCAGCAUCAAAAACAAUAAAUAAUGAUCUAAUAUUCUUAACUGAAACUAAUCCAAAUCUUGAGAAGUUAGAUUUGGAUGUUACAGUAAAAUACGGUAACUUAUUAAAUUAUGGUGUACAUCUUCAAUUGGAGGAUGAUACAAUAAGACAAAUUCUAAAUCAAUCUAGAAACUUGAAAAAACUGGCAUUUCGAAACUGCUCUGUGUCAAGUAAAGGAUUCACGUCAUGCGGAAUUAACUUAGGAUUAACAGAAUUUACUAUCUCCAACUCUGAUUUGUUCGAUGACAACGGAAUAGAAUGUAUAACAAUACAUGCGAAAAAUCUCUUAGUUUUAGAAAUACUAGAAUGCAACAAUAUUACAGAUAAAAGCAUUGCGUCUAUUGCUAAGAACUGUCCACGUCUUCUGUGUCUUUCAAUAUAUCAUCCUCACGUAGGAGUCCAGAUUACAAAUGAAAGCUUGAUGGCCAUUGCUAAUGCAUGUAAAUAUUUGAAAAAACUAUAUUGGCGUUUUCGAUCGAAAAAUCGCAAUACAAUGGAUAGCGGAGUAAUCGCAAUUGCUGAAUCCUGCAGAUACCUUGUGAAGAUUUCUUUCGACAAAAAUGUAGACAUUGGUGAUUUAUCAUUAUCUAGCAUUGCUGCCAAUUGCUUUUUUCUACGCGAAGCCAGCUUUUCUGGUUGUUAUGGAAUCACACUAAAAGGAGUAAAAACUUUUAUUUCAUCUUGUAUAUGGCUUGAGAAACUCGAUUGCUCUUUUUGUGAAGGUAUUAUUGACGACGAUUCCCCAUCUGUCAGUAAAAUCAAAUCAAAUGAACUGAAAGAAACAAUUCACGAAAAUGAAGGUAAUAAAGAUACACAUGAACAUUUUGAUAAUCGCGAGGAUGGUUGUGUACAAGAUACUAGUAAUGUAGCAAUGUCAUACACGGAUCCGCUGACAGAAAAUGUUUUUAUUAGGCAUUACGACAAUGAACAAGGUGCCGGGUUUAGAGUUCAUUCUCAUAUUAAAUAUUUAAGCCUGAAAGCUUGCAGACUAUUAUCGACUGUGCAUAUUCUGACAUUAUUCGAACUAUGUCCAGAUCUGAGAGAAUUUGAUUGGGCGAUCAACACUAAGAUGGAUAUCAACGAUAUCCCACUGGAGCUUCUCGUUAUUAUUUUGUCAUAUAUCCCACAGAAUGAACUGUAUCAUACAAUAAGUCGAGUUUGUCGACAUUGGAACAAAUUGUCUAUUUUACCGGAUUUUUGGAGGACAUUUUUCUAUGAUGAUUUAUCAAAAAUUCCUCGGUCGUCUUCGGAGAAAUAUUCUAAAAUGGAAAAUCGUGUAGCACAUAUUAGAAAUAUCCAAAAUUUUAUACAGGAUUUGAGUAUUACUAGAACUGGAAUUCAAGAUAUUAAAAAUAGCAAAAGUGACAUUGUAUUUUCAAACUUAAAGCAUUUACAUAUCCCAGAUGAAAUAAAUGGUUAA